CACUUUCGUAGUUAACGUUGUUCCAAAUCUUUAGUAAAUUUUUUGUAAUAUACUGGUUCUGCAAUCAUGGGAGAUUUAAAAAACGAGGAAUUACGUCAAGCGAAUUACGAGCUCCUCGCAUUAUUCGAUGACAGCUCGAUGUUGUCUCACUUCGAGAACUGUGCUCUCGAUCUCUCGUAUUUCAAUUUCUUCGAAGAUCUUCGACUGGCAGACAUCGAUCAUCAAAAAGAAGAAACCAAAGAAAAUGAAAGUCGCUUGAAUAAUGAUACCAACGGAAAGAAUCAUGUUUUCGCUGUACCGAAAAUGUACAAUUGCAUGUACUGUUUCAAACAAUUUUAUAGUCGAACAGCGAGUCGUAGACACCAAGUUUGCCAUGCUAAACAACAAUUGCAAUGUUCUUAUUGCAAAACGAGAUCGUAUAGCAUCAGUGCACUUCGCAGACAUUUUGAAUACUUUCAUCCGUGCACCAGAAGACGACAGAUAUUAAUUGAGAGCCGUUGAUUCAGAGUAUUUUUAUUUAAUUAAAUACUCUUGGAAGUGUAAUUCGCAUAUUGCAACUAAUGCAUUAUGCAUUUAUCGGUUGCAAUCUGGAAAUUGGUAAUUGAUAAAUUUGAGGUAUGGUAGUGAAGUGUUGAUGUGGUGGACAUUUUUAAAUAGGGUUGUGUACAAUUGGCUUUAAGUGAAUACAAUUUUCUUUCUAAUUUAUAUCUACAUAUCUCUUUAUUUAUAUUGUUAGGAAGUAUGUAUAUUAUUAAUCGUCAAUUAGUUAAUGUACUUUGUAUGUGAUACUUCAUCCUGUUGAAAUUAGUUUCUUAGGUACAAGAUGAAUUAUUCUAUGAACCUAGUUCGUGAUCUAAUUAAAGCAAAAUUAAUUAUUUUUAACAAUAUAAAAC